AUGCCGACACGCAUCAAUAUUCCCCCAUUAACGCGAGGCUUACUGCUUCUCCUCAUUUGCCUGUCCCUCCUGUCUGCCGCAUUACGAUAUCGUGAGUCCGCUUCGCGAUCCGAUGGAAGCCCCCCUUCUUCCAUACUCGUCCCAUACCUCACGGUGGUGCCGCAAUUAUCCUGGUUCUAUCCAUGGGUUUUCCUUAUUGCGACAUUAGUCGAGGAGAACAUUUUCACUCUGCUUGUGACUGGGACAACAUUGCUAUAUGGUGGCAAGUAUUUGGAACGUGCCUGGGGUUCUCGCGAGUUUGCGAAAUUUCUCCUUGUAAUAUCAUUGGCGCCCAAUCUCUGUGCAUGCGCAAUAUAUAUUAUCUGGUUUGCAAUUACUGGAAACAUCAACCGAUCUCUCACAACAAUAUGUGGGGGUGUCAGCCUUCAAGCCGCGUUUCUUGUGGCCUUCAAGCAGCUGGUCCCUGAGCAUACGGUCACUAUUGCGAAAGGUCUCAUUAAGAUCAGGGUCAAACACUUUCCGGCAUUAUUUGUUCUCCUUAAUACUCUGAGCGGAAUUAUUUUAGGCACUGAUUCGGCUCUAAUACUGGCAUGGUCGGGAUUCCUGGCGUCAUGGACAUAUCUUCGCUUCUAUCGUUUGAGCCCUUCCCUCUCCUCCACCUCCACGGGCGAGGGUUUAUACCUUAGAGGGGAUGCUUCAGAGACGUUUGCGUUUGCUCGUUUUUUUCCCGACGCAAUUCAGGGCCCCAUUGCUACAUUUUCAGAGGCGGUCUUUCAGGCCCUUGUUGCUUUGCGAAUAUGCACACCUUUUUCUGCAGAACAUAUCGACGCCGGCAACGAGCAAGCUUUAGCACGCUCCGAAGGAGGACUUCCCAGCCUCCUAGGAAAUAGCAGAACGGCAACAAGAGCAGGCGGUAAGAGGGAAGAAGCUGAGAGGAGACGAGCGCUGGCUUUAAGAGCACUCGAUCAAAGACUUCAUGCGGCUGCAGCUGCCCGGGAACAACAAGCAAACGCCACUCCAACAGCAGCGCUGCCAGAUCAAAGCCCAGUCAUGGAACCCAGAGAAGACAGGAACAAAGGUGUUGAACAAGAAGCGUGA